ACCCCCACAACACAGCUGCCUCUUAGCCUCUGUACGCAUGCGCACACUAGUCCCCUCUUUCUCCUUGACUGCCAGCCAAUCCCAAUGCCCCUUGUGCGGCGGGAAACCGCCGAUUUGCCCCAGUCCGUUAAGUUUGGUUAGCAAACGGUCCAUGAACUACCAACCGUAAACAAAACCCGCCAUAUCCCGACAGAUGUGGUAGCAGAAUCGUCAACACGCAGCACAUGCUUCCCGCCAGAUCCUUAGCUUGAUCCAAUGAAGCCCCAGCAGCGCGUCGAGCACACCGAAGCGGUCUCCAGCAGGCGACGGGCGCUCUUCCCCUGCGACGACGACGGCGACUCGGAUUUGGGGUGCAUAAGUCCGCUGAACUUCGACGACGAGGGCCUUGGCAACGUAAAGGCGGCCUUGCUGGACGAGGACUAUGAUAUUAUCGGGGUGGUAGUCAAGGGGGACGCGCUGCAGACGCCGGUGAGCGCGGCCGCGGUCACCAAGGUGUUCACGCCGAGCGCGAGCGACGAGUCGCCCACACAGCGCCUAAAGACCCCUCACGACAUUUCCGAUAAUACCAAGUUCCCGAAGCUGGUCCGCACCAAGCAGGUUGACACGGCCCUUACUCUGGAUUGCAAAAAUCCCAAAGUUCGCACGGCCCUGUUUCCUGAAAUUGACAUGUCUGUGCCUUCCAGAACGUUUUAUCCCAAGGGUGACAGCGACGCGGCGCCGAGGGGGUUCGUGGCGGGAAGCAGGGCCAGCCCCAGGAAGGCGAAGAAGAAGCAGGGGCUGUAUUUGUGCAGCAGGAAGAGUCGAUACAGAUCCGGUCAGAUCAACGCCGGCGUCCGCCACAAAAUCAAGAAACGCAAAGUAAAAAAAAUCAGCCGCAUCGCGGCCCUCCAGGCCGCCAUCAACAUCAUCCAGAACUCCCCCCUCAACACCAUCCUCCCCGAACCCUCGCCGUCGCAGUCACCCCCUUCCCCUACCCCAUCACCCUCACCGCCGCCCCGCGACCCCACGCCCAGCCCCGAGCCCGACCCCUCGAAGAAGUUCUUCAAGUCGUCGCGCCACAAGGGCGUCGUCACCGUCAACGCCAACAUAAAGCUCGAAAUGAACAACGGUCGCCUCACCUUGUUGUCCGGCAAGCAGCCCGUGAAGCGGGCCCGACCCCGCGACGACACCAACCCCUCCAAAAGGGCCAAGCUCGACUUCGACACCCAGCAGCCGCUCAUCCCCGAGAAGGACAUCUCCAGCAUCAUCCAGACGCUGGAGGACAACAAAGAGAACGAGAAGAACGACGUGCUGAUGUCGCCCACGUCGCAGAUGUGCAACAUGACGUCCGGGCUGGCUCUGAACAGCCCGAAGAAGGCCCGGGAUUUGAGCGCAGUGCUGGAGAGCAUGCCGGGGAACAACGAGGGGCAAACAAAGCUGUUCCCGGUGUUUUACCCAGGCAGGACGGCGUUGCCUGCGAAAAGUGAGGGUAAAGUGGCUGCAGUGAGGAAGUUCAGGGGUCUUGGAAAGGACCAGAUGCUGUUGGACGCCGGGCAGAAGCGCUGGGGGGUGACGCAGUGUUCCGAGUGCAAAAUCGUGUACCACAUGGGUGACCCAGGGGACGAAAUCAUGCAUCUGAAUUACCAUAAUGCCAGUCAUUUUUUUAGGUUUAAUGGUUGGAAGAACGAGAGGGUUGUUACGAGCGGUUUCCUGGAUGGGAGGAUUGUGCAGAUUGUUCCCGGGGAUCCCAAGAUCUGGUGGAAAAAAGUUAAGGAAGUGAUGGAGGUGAUUAAUCGGGAUUUGGGCUACUACGACAUUGAGUUCAAUACAGCUAAUUCACAGAUAUUCUUCUACAUCAAAAAUAAAACCAUAAUCGGCGCUCUGGUAGCCGAGGCGAAAACUUCCGCCCACAAACUCCUCACGACCCAUCAGGACCAAGUGGACCUGUGUUCCGAGGAAUCUUACCCCAUCAAAUGCGGCGUCUCCCGCAUCUGGGUGGCCCAAAACCAACGCAAAAAAGGCGUCGCCAGCACCUUGAUGGACUCCCUCAAACGAAACUUCAUUUUCGGGUAUAUUUUAAAAAAUGAAGACGUAGCGUUCAGCUCUCCUACCGAAAUGGGGAAGCUAUUUGGACAGAGUUAUUUCAAAACUCCAAAUUUUUUCAUUUACUUUGUAUAAUUAAUUUGCCAUAUAUUUUUAUUCCUUGUUGCGUGUAUUUUUGAUACUUUAAUAAAUAUAAUUUUACAGAA